UUUUUCUCACGUCAGCUCAACUCCCACCGUCUCUUCCGCCGUUUCCUACCUUACCAAGUCACUCUUUAGAUUCCCAUCUUUAAUCAUCAUGCGCGUUGCAUCUGUCCUCGGCGCUGCUGCCACUCUCCUGAGCGGAGCUUCUGCCCAGUCUGUUCUCGGAUUCAACUGCGGCGCGACCAGCGACACGGGCGCGGCCAAGACACAGGCCGACUUCGAGAAGGAGUUCAAGACGGCGCAGAACUUGGACGGCGCCCCCGCCGACUUCAACACCAUCCGCCUGUACUCCAACAUCCAGGCCGGCACCACCGACUCGCCCAUCGAGGCCUUCCCGGCUGCCAUCGCGACGGGCACCAAGCUGUUCCUCGGUAUCUGGGCCUCGGGCACUGACAACAUCGACAAUGAGCUCAAGGCCCUGUCCGCCGCCGUCUCUGCGCACGGCACAAAGCUGACUGACCUGAUCGUCGCGCUUUCAGUCGGCAGCGAGGACAUGUACCGUGUCUCUGACGCCGGUAUCCGCGCCAAGGCUGGUGUCGGUAACGGCGCCGAGACCAUCGUCGGCUUCAUCCGCGAUGCCCGCUCCAAGCUCAAGGGCACACCCCUUGCCAACGUCCCCAUCACCCACGUCGACACGUGGACCGCCUGGGUCAACACCACCAACAAGGCCGUCAUUGACGAGAUUGAUUUCCUUUCCGUCAACGCCUUCCCCUUCUACGAGUCCGAGAACGACAACCGCGUCUCCAACGCCGGCAGCCUCCUAGAUGUCGCCAUCUCCUCCACCGAGGGCGUUGCCGGCGGCAAGGACGUCUGGGUCACCGAGACGGGCUGGGCAUACACGGGCCCCAGCUUCGGCGCGGGCGUGGCCACGGUCGACAACGCAGAGACAUACUGGCAGACAGUCGGCUGCCCGCUGUUCACCGAGAGGAACACUUUCUGGUACACGCUGCGCGACGCCAACCCAGCCAACCAGGUCAAGUUCGCCAUCACCGACAACCUCUCCACCACCCCCCGCUUCAACAUCAGCUGCCCGACCAACAAGUCCUCCCACAAGAACUCCACCUCCGGCAGCAGCACCAGCAGCGGUAGCACACACACCGCCUCGGGCUCCAGCUCAAACACCGCCUCCGGCUACAGCGCACACAGCACCGGCUCCGCAAACGGCAUCUACGGCUCAAACAGCACCGGCUCCGCAAACGGCACCUGGGGCUCAAACAGCACCUCCACCGGCCAGGGCUACAACUCCACCUCCGGCGCGUCUCAGUCUACGGGCGCGGGAUCUCUCAUCUCCGUCUCCACUGUUAACUCCAUGGCUAUGGUCAUGUCUGUUGUCUUCGCCUUGGGCGCUUGGGCUUUGUAG